UGAGUGAAAAACUAAUUAACUGUUAUCAGAAUAAUCGCUCCAAUGAAAACAAAAAUCCUACAAAAAUAUUCGUGCAUCACUUGAAUAAUUCCGCCCCAUAAAAUCUCACUAGCAUUUUCCUCCAGAAAUGGUGGCGCUGGAGCAAUCGUGAAUAUGGCGUCCCCCGUAGCAUUGUGUGUUAGUAGCAGUGAGUGAGUGAGCGAAUAACCGAUUCCCAUUUACUAUCGCCAAGAAAUUAAAACCCUCUCAACAUCACACAAAAUCUGUUCUCAAGUUCAACCACAAGUGAAAUGUCAGUGUUUCUCCCUGUUCUUCCCUCGUCGUGUGUCAGCAUUUCACCCCAACAUCGACGUUAGUGAGGCCCCAUGUCUGUCGAUCAUCGAGGUUAAACCAACAAUAAUAAAAGCCCAGUCCCCCCGGAACAAUGGACUAUUCAACAGCAGUUGAGGAUGCAGUUCGUCGUUUUUACUUAGCAGGUGCUAAUGACGCCCACCUUUGGUUGCUGCAGUUCCAGGCCUCCCGCGAGGCCUGGACCCAUGUCUGGCCACUUCUGGAACCCUCGCGUUCCUCUGAAGUACAGUUUUUCGCAGCGACAACCCUUCACGCCAAGAUCUCCAAGCAAUGGAACGAGGUUCCAGUCUCGGAUUACAUUGACCUGAGGAAUCGAAUUCUCAAUUUGAUGAAGAACACAACGACAUCAAAACUAGUGUUGACGAGACUGUGCCAGGCAUUGGCAGCUUUCCUAGCCAGUAGUGAUGGGGUCGAGGGGAAGAACGACGAGGAGGGAAUGAUUGAUGAUCUCAUCCAGAUGUUUCCAUACAACAGUCAGGACACUCUGGACCUUCUGCUGAGGGUGUUGGUGGCAUUGCCGAAAGAAUUUGAGAGGAAGUGCAGCCUGAAGAGGCCCAGGUUAAGGGACACACUGAUCGCCAGCUGGUAUAAGACAUCUUGGCUCCUUCAACAGGUGUUUACCACAUACGAGAGGAUGAUCUCCCAAUCAUCCGAUGAUUCCAUCUACCUUUUGUCCAUCGAGUGCACCCUGGCGUGGAUGAAACUUGGACAAUUACCUAUCGACAGUCUGGAGGAGGUGUAUCCACACCUCUUGGUAGCUGCCUCAAAUUAUGUUCCAACUACUGAGGAUGCCAUUGAGGAUACCAGGGGCUGGGAGCUAGUUCAGGAGUGCCUCAUCCUUGCUACCUCACGUGUAGAACUUUUUAAACGUCCACAAGUGUUCUGGAAAUGGGCCAGGGAACUCGUAACUGUUGCCGAACAGAAAGGCAGCAUUCAAUUUUCGGAAUUGCUCACCUCUCUGGGAGAUAACAACAGUAGGUUGAUUCUGUUGGCAUUGACUGAGGAUGAUGAUGAUGGACACAGAUGGACUUCCGAGACGUUAAUUAAAAUGCUGCUGGAGUGCUCGGAACUACCUGGACGGUAUCCUAUUGAGGAGAGGAAGAGCUGUAUUCCCUUUGGAUUUUGGUACACCCUCCAGGAAACCGUGACAACCCUAGAUCCCCCACUAGAAGAUCGUGCACGCAACGCCCUCAAGCCAAUCUACGCGAGACUAGCACUAGCAUUACUUCGAAAAGCCACUCUCCCUUCCUGCCCGGACGAGGCUGGUGAUGCUGAUGAGCGUGAACUCCUCAGGUGUUACCGUCAGGACGCAGCCGAUACCCUGACCUACUGCUGCAACAUCCUCGGUCAUGAGUUGCUUAUUCUCCUGGGAAGAAGACUGUCUCGACCAGAUAUCGACAAUCAGAAGUGGACGGAUGUGGAGUCGACCCUCCACGCAUUCCAGGCCCUGGGUGACAGUGUGGGAACUCAGGAGAAUGAGUAUGUCCCAGCCCUCAUUGAUCUAGUCCUGUCUCACAUACCUUACCAGAACUAUCCGCGAGAGGUUUUAGCGAGUGCCUGCUCGACAAUUGGUGCUUACGCUGAGUGGAUUGGGGAGAAUCCUGAUCCCUGGUUGGAGAGGUCAUUGCAGUUGGUCACUCUGGGACUGACUCAGGGCUCUGUAGCCUCAGCACCUGCCUCUAUGGCUCUUAAGGACAUCUCCAGGGAAGGUGGAUCACAUCUGGCUCCUCUGGCUCCUGCGAUUCUCGAAAUCAUCUCCAGGACACUUCCUGUGGUGCCUCCAGGUGGGGGUGAGGGCCUUAGGCUCAUGUAUGCAGCUGGUAAACUCCUUAAUUCCUUGUCGACGACUGAGGAACAGCUGAAGUAUCUGGAUGCAACACUCGGUCUUUGCGUCGUUAGACUCCAGGAGUUUCUUGGACAUCCAAUCAACAGUGGAAAAAUUGCUGUUGCUAAUCAACUCAGGAUGAUCACAGUAUUUCUGUCGACUCUCGAGGGCGCUAUUGGUAAAUCUGUUCUAGAUGGACUCGUUCCUAUUUUUAAUGAGAUCGUGGCACAUGCUGAGUGGGGACAGGAUGAUGUUAUUCUUGAGGCCAUGCACACGUGUGCCCAGAAGUCUCUUCAGUGUCUUCUCCAUCCUGAGACUGAUGCCAGACCUCUGCUAGCUAUUCUUGUUAAUUCGUACAAGAUCAGACCACAUCCAGCUGCUCUGGGACUGCUCAGGCAGAUGGUACUGCUGUGUGGGAGCGAUGUGAAGAAUGAAAUUGGAACGAUCUUUGGGGAGAUCAGUGGACACAGUUUGAGGGGAUUCAAGGCUUGUGAAGCGGUUGGGGGAAAUCUCUCGGAGCUGUCUGAUUUGCUGGAGUCGUAUUUGGGACUGUUGGCGCAGGUCUGCAAGAAGACACCGAUGCUUAUGCUGCAGGUGGCGGAGCAGGUGCCUGAUAUGCUAAGAUGUGGCAUUACUGGGUUGGGAUUACGAGAGAAUGGAGUUAUAAAAGCUGCAGGAACGUUUCUAGCUCAUGCCAUUAAUAGCAGACAUUUAAAUUCAUUUGUGUCAAUCGUUGGUCAGGAGCUCGUCUGCAUGAUUUUACGUUGUGUCGGUGAAAUGAUACCAAAAUCGUAUCUAGAGUCUCACGCACGUGUUAUGCUGGCCCUGAACAGUAGUUUUGGGGAAUUAACUGGGCAAUGGUUGAGGGUGGCUGUUAACGAGUCAACAGCAUUAACAACUCCUGGACAAAAGGAGGAUUUUACCAGAAAGAUUCUUAGGGAACGAAACAGUCAACGAUUAUUCGAGACACUUCAAAAAUUCAGUUUGCAAUGUCAAAAACCUGUGAUAGGAUUGUAGAUAAUAUUUAGAUGUAACUUUAUUAGUUUAUGAAAAUCGAGAGAUUAGGAGACGCUUAGCUGCUUUCCAUGGUACCAUAGAUAAAAUUAUUCUGUUCCACUCGAGGGAAAAUUUUUAAAUGUCAAUUGACGAAUGUUCAAAAUAUCAUGGAACUAUUUUCAAUAGGAAUUUUUGUAAAUUGUCUCUUCCAUUAUUUCAUCAAUUUCAGUGAGACGAGGCAUGAUUUGUCGCGGUGAAGAGAUUUUAUCGAUUUUUAGAUACAAUUUUGAGAUUCGAUAAUUUGUUUAGGGAAUGGAUCUCGUUAUUUCAUUCAACUUCUGUAAAAUCCAUCACUUAUCAGUAAAAAAUGGUAACCAACGUUUUAUGUUGGGUCUGCUUCAUCUAGAAUUUUGGUUAAUAAAAUGUUUCGAUGCCGAAGAAA